AUGGCGGCCGGACUCAAGACCAUCAUCCUACUCUCAUUUGUGCUCGCACUGGGCUUCUUGCUCAUUAUCCUGUCGUGCGCACUGUGGUCCAACUGGCUGCCGCUUCUCGUAGCGCUCAUCUACGUCCUGACACCGUUACCAAAUAGCCUCUGCGCACGCUGCGCCGGUGCCGACGACUUUUCCGCCGACUACAAUAGCGGCUUUUUGGACUUUGGCAACUUCAUGACAGGUCUCAUGAUUGUCUCUGGGUUUGCCUUGCCACUGUCGUUGGCGCAUGCAGGUGUUAUUGCGCCAACGGCCUGUUGGAUGUCAAUCGCCGGUGGCGGACUUGUCUACGCUACCAUCUUGACCUACUCUGGAUUCUUCAGCGAGACAGAUGACUAUUAA